AUGUCAUUUCUCGACAGGUGGGUCUACAAGAACAAGACAAGACAAAGCGGCGUCAACAACACGGGCACCCAUUAUAACCCAACCACUAUCACUCCUCAGGAGCAAUUCAAAUCUUAUCCAGGCCGCAGGAACUCCGACACACAGCCAAAUCUGAAAAACGUGCCAUACACCUAUUUCCACAGAGACGAGGUGAUCAACGUGCGUGGCGACGAUGGCCAGAUGCACGGUCUCCGUUCGACUACCGACGGCUACAUUGACGAUAAGAACCAGAAGCACAUCGUGGGCAACUUGCAGCCGGACUCGUGGGUGGACCGAAAGGGUUCGAUCGGAUCGAUCGGCUCGAUCGGCUCUGUGAGCAGCGAGAUGAACGAAUAG